ACUUUUAACUGCAUUAUUCUCAGUUUUAUCUUUAAACAUGUGAUUGUUAGCUUUUUCUGUUCUCGCUGACAUUAUAUUCAGUUCAGCUCUUAGAGCUUUAAGGUUAUGUCCCGUUGUGUCAUUGAUACAGUUGUUGGUUGCAGUGAAUCCGUCGACCUUUUUUUUUUAUCGGUUUUCAGGUUGACGUUAACCUAGCUAAUGUUAAUUGCUCAACUUUGCUUCAUUCGAGUUAGCUAAGCGAAAAGGAAGAACUGCGGAGAGCCUUCCACUACUGAAGCAUGAUGAAGCACACGCACAGCUGGUGCCAGGCUACUCCCGUAAUGACUGUUGGAGUCAAACCCAGCAAUUCCCAUUCCCUCCAAAUAAGAAGAGGCCUACGGCUCAAAAGAGCCAACGCCCGAGACGCCCAGGGCCCACCAGGGAAGAGCCAGCCAAGCCAGCGACGGGACGAGAUCUGUUAUACCGAAAGGACCAUGAUUCCAACCAUUGUCAUCCAGCGGCAGGAAAUGGCAUCGUUCUUUAGACUUUUUGAUGAUGACCUGAUCCAUGACUUUCUGUGGAUGGACUGUUGCUGUAAAAUGACUGACAAGUACCUUCUCGCCAUGACCUUCGUGUACUUCAAAAGGGCCCGCUUCACUAUUGCUGAAUACACCAGAAAGAAUUUUUUCAUUGCACUAUAUCUUGCCAACACCAUGGAGGAGGAUGAGGAAGAGAGUAAGUAUGAGAUUUUUCCAUGGGCGCUGGGCAAGAACUGGAGGAAACAGUUUCCCCGCUUCCUCAAGCAACGAGACAAGCUGUGGGUUCGCGUCGAGUACAGAGCUGCUGUCAGCAGGCGCUGCUGCGAAGAGGUGAUGGCCAUUGUGUCCUCUCACUUCGUGUGGCAAAGGGAGCGGUCAGAACACCACAGCGGCGCCCAGCGGCAGUAUGGGUACCGCACUCGUAUCCCCCGUGGGCCCUCGGCCUCCCCAGUCUCCUGUGCCCUCUGUCAACGUGGCACUGUGUUGGGCCAGGGCCAAGGCGCCUCUUCUCCCUCCAGAGGUUUUUCUGUGCAGACCCCAAACCCGGCCUUUUCACACCCAUUCACUUCUGCACUGAGUUUGGAGAUCACCCCACCCAGAGCUGCAGUCUCUUGCAGGAAGGCAGUGGAGACUAAAAGCCAGGCACAACAUUCCUUCUGCUGCUGUGCUGAGGAGGUUCCCAGUAGAGGAUAAGUCUUGCUGUGGGUCCACAUAUGACACCUCCAUGGACUGGAUCAGUGAGGAGUAGUGUCGCACCACCUCAGCACACCCAGCUGCUCUGUGUAUUGCUCUCUGACUCACAAGUGUAACACAAUGUGAACCUGGUACCGAUUUAACAUGACUGGUCAAAACCAAUUUAACCAUUUAUGUGAUUGUAAGAAUGAGCUAAUGUCAUUCCAUACAUCAUUUUGUGAUGGCAAGAUGCAGUGGAAGACUAAUGUAAAGAUGUGUUAACCUGCACUGAGUUCUUUGUAUUUAUUUAUUUAUUUAUUUGCUAAAUCCCUUCUAGGAUUUUUUGACGACCACUUAUUUAUACACAGAUGUUAAAUGAAAUUGACAGACCUUUUGUUUGACACUUUGGCUAAAUCAAAGUUUAGCCUCUGUUGCAUAUUGGGAUUCUAGUGGGUGUAGUAUUAGUAGUUUUUAGUAUUGUUACCAAUGUGCCUGUUUGAUGAUCCACAUUGCUUCUUAAGUUUGGAAUAAAGACUUGAACU